CCGAACCCGAAUAGGUACCUGAAUGAAUCAGAAACCAACCAAUCAAAAUUUCCCCUAAGCCGUUGUCAAGUCAGAUCUGACUGGUAACAAUCGUUUCGAAUGACUCAAAUUUAGUUCCCACCGUAGAGUUGACUUUCUUAUUUUUGUAAGAGACGUUUAAAAUUCUACAACCUGCUGCUUUGACAAAUCUUCGAACAAGAAACUGGGGAAAAGUUUUGAACGAUCAUCGAUUUUCCCACAAUUUCUGACUGCAAGAGACGAUCGACUGGACUUCAUAUUCUUGUACAUACAUAUAUGAACCACCAGAGGAGUAAUUUUGUGAGGCUUGAUAAUUGCAAAAUGGAGAGAUCUUCAAACAUGCAAUAUGUAAAUGGGAAUUUCAAGAAUGUUAGAGAAAGCUUAAAGAGAGUAUACAGGAAGAUGAAAACCCUUGAAAACAGGAGGAAAACAGUUCUCUUAGUUUGCGUGGCUGCUUUGGGUAUUGACCCUUUAUUUCUCUUUGUCCCUGUGAUUGAUUCUCCUAGAUUCUGCAUCACUUUCGACAAGAAGCUUGGAGCAGCAGUUUCUAUAGUCAGUUCCUUUAUUGACACUUUAUAUGUGAUCAUUCACAUCAUUAUUAAUUUUAUUACCGAGCUCAUUUCUCCUCAUCCUCAAGUUUCUUUAAGAGGCGAGCUCAUCCUACAUUCUAAGGCCAUAAGGAAAAGAAAUCUCUGGUUUCACUUCGUCGUUGACAUUCUUUCUGUUCUCCCCAUUCCCAAGGUUGUGGUACUCACUCUCAUGCAAAGGUCUGACUCACUGGUGUCAAAGGAAAUACUGAAAUGGAUUAUACUUUCUCAAUAUGUACCAAAAAUCAUUCGUAUCUAUCCGCUUUUCAUAGAAGUGACAAGAGCCUCUGGUACAGUAGCAGAAACAAAGUGGAUCGGUGCUGCUUUCAACCUUUUCCUCUACAUGUUGCACAGUUAUGUGUUUGGGGCUUUCUGGUACUUGAGUGCAAUAGAAAAGAAAAACAAAUGUUGGCGUGAAGCUUGUGCUAGGACACCCGGAUGCAAUCUAGUGAAUCAGUAUUGUGCACGAGGUGGCGGAGACAACAGUCGUUAUCUGAAUACUUCAUGCCCAUUAAUUGAGCCUGACCAAAUAACAAACUCCACAGUCUUCAACUUUGGUAUGUACAUUGAUGCAUUGAAGUCAGGGAUCGUUGAGGUAAAGCCAAGGGAUUUUCCAAGGAAAUUCUUCUACUGCUUUUGGUGGGGUCUCCGAAAUCUUAGUGCUUUAGGCCAAAACCUGGAGACUAGUAACUCUGUAGGGGAUAUCGUUUUUGCUAUCAUCAUAUGCGUCUCUGGUCUACUCUUGUUUUCUGUGCUCAUUGGGAACGUUCAGAAGUACUUGCAAUCAACUACUAUUAGAUUAGAUGAAAUGGAGGAGAAAAAGAGAGACACAGAGAAAUGGAUGUCGAAUCGGAUGCUACCAGAGUACCUAAAGGAACGCAUAAGGAGAUACGAGAAUUACAAAUGGCGAGAAACCAGAGGCAUUGAAGAGGAAGCUUUUCUUCGCAACCUUCCUAGUGACCUAAGACUUGAGACCAAACGCCAUCUCUACCUUUCUAUGUUAAACAGUGUUUUUUGGCUCAACAUCAUGGAUGAUCCCUGGCUACUAGAAGUAUUGUGCGACCGAGUGAAGCCUGUAUUUUACUCAGCGAAUAGCUACAUAGUGCGAGAGGGUGAGCCGAUUGGCGAAAUGCUUAUUGUAACAAGAGGCGAGCUGAAAAGUAUGACCGCAUCUUCUAGGGAAAUAAGUGGUUACUAUGAUUCAUCUGACCUCAAAGCAGGUGACAUAUGUGGAGAUCUUCUCUUUUGGCUUCUUCAUCAGCAUCAUUCUUCUGGCCUCCCCACUUCAAACAGAACAAUAUUGACCGUGACCAAUGUUGAGGGGUUCAUUCACCUGCCUGAUGAUCUCAAAUUUGUAGCUUCUCAUUUCAACCGUUUUCAUAGCAGCAGACUCAAACAAAUGUUCAAGUUCUAUUCACCAAAUUGGCGAUCAUGGGCGGCAUGCUUCAUACAGGCAGCAUGGAGGGAACAUUGCAAAAGGAAGCUUUCUAAGAUCUUACACACUGAAACUGAACAUCAGCAAAUUGCACAUGGCCAACAACUGAAUCUUGGAGCAACUCUCUACGUGUCAAGAUUUUUGUCCAGAGCAUUGCGAAAUCGACAGAAAAAUGGAGGGGAUUGUUCUAGCUCUCCACAUGUGGUACCUCACAAACCAGCUGAUCCCGAGUUUUCAAAGGAAGAAUCAUAGUUUAUAAUUAAAAGGAAGAAUCAUAGAGGAGUGAAGACUAAUCUCUCUCCAUUGCCCACAUUGCAAUAUAUUAGCUAUGUAAGCCUAUACAAUUCUCUAGAAUUUGGGCAUGAGUGAGAUAACUCACUUUAGUUAUGUGGUCAUGUGCAAUUUUGAUAAGAAAAAAAUAAGAAAAAAUCUUGGAACGUGAUUAAAUUAUGUUUGGUACAUACAAGAAUCGUGCAUGGAAAACUAGAUAGAUUGCUGUUUGUGAGUAAAGAUGUUUUAAAAUCUGAUAAUAAC